CUCGAGUUUCACGUCGGAAACAUUUUCUUGUCGUACUUCGUGUACAUGGACGCUUCAGCACGACACCUUCAGCUAUGUCAUCGAUAUCCCAUGGCUUUAAAAGCAGCAAGCAAGACUUCACGUUUGGGCCGUGGAAAGUCACCUCAGCAAAAACCCACAUUAUGAAAUCUAAAGAUAUCGAGCGGUUAGCGGAGGAAAUGCACAUGCCGUCUCUCCCAGAGAUGCUUUUUGGAGACAACGUGCUGCGCAUUCAGCAUACCGAUGGCUUCGGCAUCGAGUUCAACGCGAUCGAUGCCCUCAAGCGCGUCAACAAUUUACAAGACUCGGUACAAGUUGCAUGUGCCCAGGAGUGGCAGGAAAGCAGAGCCGAUUCAGAGCACAAGGAGGUCGUAAAGCGUUAUGACUGGACGUACACAACAGAUUACAAAGGGACGUUGCUUGGUGAAGACCUCCAGGUAAAGGUGUCUUCUACAUCAGAGCGGAUAGACCUGGAGAAACUGAAAGCUCGGGAGCAGAUCAUGUUUUUCGAGGAUGUGUUAUUGUUUGAGGAUGAACUCCAUGACCAUGGUGUAUCUAUGAUCAGUGUGAAAAUUAGAGUGAUGCCCACUAGCUUCUUUGUGUUGCUGCGCUUCUUCCUGAGAGUGGACGGAGUUAUGAUUCGGAUCAACGACACACGGCUCUAUCACGAGGCUGGGAAAAACUACAUCCUGCGGGAGUUCAGCUCACGAGAAAGUAAAGUGUCGGCUCUUCAGCAUGUUCCUCCAGCCUUCUACACAGAUCCUAAUGAGAUCGUUCAGCAUUUACCACUGACACUCAUAGAGUGCGAGAAACUCGAAUUCCCAGAGCCACAGCCCCCAACCGAGUCUCCACAGUGACACAAAGAUUACACAUAUCGAACCUCAGAGUGCUGAUCUUGGAUCAGUCUGUUGCAGCUAUAUUCACAGUGACCGCUGAACCCAGAUCAGCAUUCAGACACUGAGAUGUUUGAUGCCUGUGAACCCAGAAAUGGAACUGGAACAAGCGCUAGGGUUGGAUCUUCCUAGAACGCAGGUCCAUCAACUCUCAGCUCUGUUUAAAGAGUUUUCUAAUGAAUCAAACACUCGCUGUCUGCCUCAGUCAGUUACUGGAUCAUCACAUCUGUUUGAGUUGCAUUUUCUCUCUCACACACACACACACACACGAUGUAACCAAAAUGCCAGCUUGAUUGGGUUUUUUUUUUUUUGAAGACACCAGUAGCAAAGGAAGUGGAUUGUUGGUUGAUUAUUGAUUAUGAGGCAUGUGGGGGGAAAAACAAGAAUUACAAAAUGGUUUAUUAAAAGUAUGUGUUUGUAAUGGUCA